AUUUUAGUACAGCCAGAAAACGACUCGAGAAUCGACUCGAGAAUCAGAAUCGGAACAGCGAGGGCCAGUAGUGCGCAUGUGCGGCUGCGCAUGCGCAGUGUGGACGGGGCAGUGACAGGCUGGUGUGUGAGAGGAUGAUAGGGUGAUUAUAGAGUAAUGUUGUGAUUAUUGUGAUUGUACCGUGAUGUUAUCAUGGCGUACCAGGAGGAAGAGUCGCUGGAAUCGUGGCUCAACAAAGCCACUCACCCCACUAACAGACAGGAGGACUGGGAGUACAUUAUCGGCUUCUGUGAUCAGAUCAAUAAAGAGCUGGAAGGUCCACAGAUCGCCGUCCCGCUCCUCGUUCACAAAAUCCACUCACCUCAGGAAUGGGAAGCUGUCCAGGCAUUAACUGUUCUGGAGGCAUGCAUGAAGAACUGUGGGAGACGGUUUCAUUCUGAAGUGGCCAAAUACAGGUUUCUAAACGAGCUCAUCAAAGUCGUUUCACCAAAGUACCUGGGCGACAGCGUCUCACAGAGGGUGAAGACUAAGAUCAUCGAAAUGCUGUACAGCUGGACUGUAGCGUUUCCAGACGAGGCCAAAAUAAACGAAGCCUAUCAAACGCUGAGGAGACAAGGACUCAUCUCAUCAGACCCCGAGCUGACCGUCGAUAAAACUCUGAUCCCUUCUCCACCUUCUCGCCCUAAAAACCCCGUGUUCGACAACGACGACAUGGGCAAGCUCUUGGCUGAGCUCUUGCGGAGUAAGAACCCGGAGGAUCUGCAGGAGGCCAACAGACUCAUCAAGAACAUGGUGAAGGAGGACGAUGCUCGGGUCCAGAAGCAGACCAAGCGCACAAACACCCUGGAGGAGGUGAACAACAAUAUCAAGCUGCUGAGCGAAAUGCUAAGUCACUACGACCAGGGCAGGUCAUCGGAUGCCGACCGCGACCUCAUGAAGGAGCUGUAUGAUCAGUGUGACAAGCUGAGACGGACGGCGUUCAAACUGGCCACCGAGACCGAGGACCAUGACACCAGUUUAGGUGAAAUUCUGCAGGCCAGUGAUGAGCUGGAGCGGGUGAGUAAUCUGUAUAAGAGGAUUGUUCUGGGUGAGACGGGCGUGGACGAGCCUGCAGAACAAAAAACAACGUCUCAGGAAGGAUGUGAGACAGAUACACUGAUCGAUCUGGCCGGUCUCGAUGAACCUGCUGAUCUUCAAACUAAUCCACCCUCUGAAGUCAUCAAUGCCUGCUCAACCAAUCAGAUGACAUGUAGCUUUCCAGUGAUCCCGCCUCCCCCUCGACGAUUGGCUGGAGCUUCUAGCAGUCAGACCAGUAGUCCAAUUCACAGAGCGUCAGAGUCGUCACCAGCACGCUCGCUCCUCGAUGAUGAGCUCCUCUCAUUGGGGUUGAAUGAGCCUCCCCCUGUGCCAGACAGACCCAGACUAGAGGAAGCAUCAAGCCAGUGGACGUCAUUACAGUCUCCCGCUCCUGGACCUGACCUGUUCUCCGGUGUUGUCGCAUCACCAGGCGCCUUGUUCCCUCAAACGCAUGCGACACACACCUCGGUUCAGCCGACACACGUCUCGAUUCAACCCAGCCACGCCUCAGCCGUGCCUGCGCACAACAGCAUGGUGAAUCAGGGACUGCAGGAGCUUGCCAUGCUGAACCUGGGCGAGGUGAAGAGCGUCUCUGGUCAGGCUGGCAUGGCGGGCGUCGGUCUGGGUUUCUCCAUGCCCCCCUCGCUCACGUCCUCAAACCCGUUCAUCAGCUCCAGCAUGCCCUGCUCACCCCUGCGCUCCAUUCAGGGGAAUUCCUCUCGCCCUGAGCUGUCCCUCAGUAACCUGCACGUCCCGCUCGACUUCAUCAAAACCAGUAAAGUUCUGCCGGUGACGGCGUACGAUAAGGACGGAGUGCGCGUCCUGCUGCACUUUGGCUCAGAGUGUCCUCCCGAUCGUCCGGACGUCCUCGUCAUCGUGGUGUCCAUGCUGAACACGGCGCCUCUGGCGGUGCAGAACAUUGAGCUACAGGCGGCUGUUCCUAAGAGUAUGAAGGUGAAGCUGCAGUCUCCGUCUGGAACUGAGCUGGCACCUUUCAACCCUGUCCUGCCCCCGUCCUCUGUCACACAGGUCAUGCUGCUCACUAACCCACUGAAGGAGAAAGUGCGUUUGCGCUACAAAGUGAUGUUCCAGCUGGGUGAGAGACAGUUCUGCGAAGUGGGCGAGCUAGAUCAGUUCCCUCCUCCCGAAAGAUGGGGAAACCUGUAGACCUCAACCCAACAACCGCCCCCCACCCGCACACACACCCCAUAAAACAUGUUUAUGUUUAUUUAUUUAUUUUAGUUUUAUUACAGCUGUAACAACUGUGUAAGAAUCAGGAAGCAUCAGAUUUAGCUUCAUGCUAAUGCAGUAAUCCAGAUCCUGAGUCUUUGUGCACAUACGCGACUUCAUGUCCGCUCCAGCCAAUCAGAAGAGUGGAUUCACUGGGAAUUUGUGCCGUGUUCACUGAGGCUAUUCACAAGGAUAUUUUGCUAUGAUUUCUACUGAUUCUUACUGGCCGUGGGUUUGUGUCUCAGUGUUACUGGAUUGGGAUUCACCUCAAGGUACUGGCAAGAGCAGCAGAGGAAUACAGAGAGCAUAGCGUGGUCAUUUAACCGUGUUAGAGCUCUUAGUAAGAAUCCGCCGCUGGCUGGUGUAAAGAAGCUGCCAAGACGUGUGCCAGUCUACAGCCCUCCUCAGCUAAUAUGGGUUUGUAAAAGCAAUAGGGGAUUGGAUAUGACUAAAUUGGGACAAAAAAAACGAAUUUAAUAAUUUUAUUUUUUAAUUUAGUCCACUGUCCUGUUCAUACCUGUAAAUGUUUGUGAUCAUUGGAGGUACUCAGGUGGUGAAGCGGUCUAGUAUGCUAGCUAGAUCCAGGUUCGAAUCUCAGCGGGCGUCUACACAGACAUGAUUGGCUAUGUCUAAGGGACUGGCAAAAGCCCUGAGAUGGAUUGACGCCCCUUCUAAUUACUGAAUUCAUGUGUUUUAGCCACAACAAUUACUAAUAGAUCAAUUUUAUAAAUUCCAACUUUGCAGCAACAGUUUAGGGAAGGCUCUUUACUGUUCCAGCAUGACUGUAACAUUGUGAAGACAUUUUCUGACCAAGAUCGUACAAAUUCUCUGUUGACUGAAUGAACACAAAUUCCCACAUAUAUAUUUCAGUCUUGUGAGAUAUAGCUGAUGAUAUAGCUGAAAAGAUCAUACAGGUGUCCAGCAAGCUCAUGGUCAGGUGUCCAAAUACUUUUGGCCAUAUAGUGUACUUUUCUUCAAAUCUAGGUCAAAUGUGGUCAGUCUGUGAUCAUGUCUUUCUUUUAGGAAAAGUAUCUAUGUAUAAAAGUGUUUCCCUCCCUGCUGGCAUAAAGGACACCCUGAUACGCUGCCCGGGGUGAUAUUACGAGAUCUAAAAUCUGCAUGUAAGUGGAUGAACAGGAGGGGGUGGAUAAAUUGGAGGGGUUUCAGGUUUAAAAGAAUGCUCUUUGGAUGCUCCUGGCAGAAAGGACCCGGACCGCUUUACCUGGGAAUUAAACCCAGGACCUUCUUGUUGUGAGACAACAGUACUACCCACCGUGCCACCCUUAUAAUUGAAUAAGCAAAUUUUAACAGGCACAUAAACACAAAAUGAACUUGUACACAAACGCCCCCUUGUGGAGGCUUUAUAUUCCAUCUUGUAAACCAGUGUGAUUGCCACCAUUUUUAUUAAUUAAAUGACACUGAGAAGAGCAAAAGGUUCUCGUAACUGCGACACCAAAAUAUCCUUGUGGAUGCCGCCUCAGAUGGACGCAAAGUCAGAUUUUGCAUUAGUUUCAUUCAUUAAUUCAGGUUUAUUUUUUUAUUCUAGUUUUUUAUGUUUACCCACUUACUAAACAGAGUGGAUUUAAUUUAUUGAUCUUACAGUGCAAUACGAGUUUGUUUAGUUGAGUGCGAGUGUGAAAUGCUCCUGAAUGAGUGAUCAGGUUUUUUUUUUGUUGCUGUUGACUUGUGUAGCGCUGACCGAAUGUACAGCAGUGAGACUAAUUCAUAGUUCCCAUCUAAUCAGAUUACAGCAUUCCAUUUUUUAAAAGGAUUACAUUAAACAUGACGAAGUGAAGCCAUUCGCGUCCAGGAGGGCAUAACCGGUUCUGCUGCCUGGGUGGAAGAUUUUACAAAAGGCCACAAGUGCUCUCCUCAAAGCACAUUGAUCUACCCAGUCUGACAUGAGCUGCAGAAUACAAACAGAGGCUCUGGUCGCACGGACAUGUCUGGGAGGAAGUAUGUGCUAGCCGUGAAUUGUAUAAUAAAAAUAGGUCCAGAAACACCAGCGCUAGGAUUCUGAACUCACCGAGCUCCAAAUCUCAGCUUUGCUACGGGUCAGCUAGGCACCUCUUAGCAGGCAUAAUUGGCCACAAGUCUGCUGGAUGGAAAAAGACCGGACUUAAAAUUGAUUAAGGAACCUGGUUAGUAUCCCGAGGCACCUGUACAGAAGUGGAGAAACGAGAAGAUCAGUGGGUGGCCUCACACACAAAUCCACCGAAGUACAAGCAAAUAAGAUGAAGUCAGUAGUAUGCAGGAGUGUGUGUCAGUGUGCUGGAGUCUACAGUAGUAAAGACCAAUUGGCUUAUCUUAUCUCUAACUAGAUUAAUAGUCUGCAGAAACCAGAAAAGAAUGUUGGUUUAAAGGUGGGUGGGAAGGACGUUUUACUGGGGUGAAAACAAACAUGCUCAUGUGUGCUAUGUAAACAAUCUGGGCUAAAAUGCCAUGGAAAUGCAUAAAAAAAAAAAAAAAAAAUAGCACCACUGAGAUUUAAAUCCAGCUGGCCAGGCAUGUGCAUACAAGAUUUGCUAUGUCUGGGGGGAUAGCCGAAGCCCUACAAUGGACUGGCACCCUGUCUAGAGUAUUCCUGCCUUGCACCCAGUGUUUCCCGGUGGAACUGGACCCAGCGCGAACCUGACCAGUAAAAAGAGGUCAUAAUAUAUUAGAAUGCAUGCUACAAUGACAGCUGUGCUGAAAUAGCUGUGAGAGAACGAAAUCAAAUGGUAAAGCUAUUUCUAAAGCACGUGCUGUGGAUUUGACUCGGGACGGUGUUUUCAGAAGUCUAUGAUCAUAGGCGGCUUGUUUGAAGUGCUGUCAGCCAACUUUGUGAAGACUUUCCCCAGACGUUUAAUCCCACUAGAGAUGAAGAAUGGCUCUUGUACGUAUUGUGUGUGUGUGUUGUAUGUGUUCAUGCCAUGACAGAGUUUGUACAGUAUUUGGUCUGAAUGUGCCGAAUCUGUCCAGCUGCAUGCUAAAUAAAAUCUGUUUUAAAGCAAA